AUGGGUGAUAAUUCAGAUAGUAAUAGAAACCUUGAUGUGGUUUUAAAUGUAAGCAACGAUGCCACGAAAAGUGUGACGAGUCAUAUCUCUGGUGCUCAUUUCAAUCCUGCAGUCACCAUUGCUCAUGCCUCCACCAAAAGAUUUCCAUUGAUGCAGGUACCAUCAUAUAUAAUUGCUCAACUCAUUGGAUCAAUACUUGCAAGUGGAGCUCUCAAAAUUAUAUUCAGUGACAAAGAAAAUCAUUUUGUGGGAACACUUCCUGCUGGUUCUAAUCUCCAAGCUUUUGUGGUUGAGUUUAUAAUCACUUUCUACCUUAUGUUCAUCAUUUCUGGAGUUGCCACCGAUAAUAGAGCGAUCGGUGAAUUGGCAGGACUUGCAGUUGGAUCUACAAUUAUUAUAUGUGUGUUAUUUGCCGGACCAAUCACGGGAGCAUCAAUGAAUCCAGCGAGAAGUUUAGGGCCAGCUAUUGUACACCACGAAUAUAGAGGAAUAUGGAUAUAUUUGGUGUUACCUACUCUAGGAGCAUUGGCUGGUACGCAUGCAUAUGCUUUCAUUAGAUUCACAAGCAAACCAGUGCGUGAGCUCACCAAGAGUAGUUCAUUCCUUAAAGGUUCGGGAAGCAUGUGA